GGGGACAUUUCAAGCCAGGAACAUGUACUCCAAUUAUUGGGUCCAAGGAGGAGGGCGCAGAACAGAUAACAGGAGGUUCACGGUAGUUGAGAUGUCAGCAAGCAGUGAAUCAGUGCAGAAUCCAGCACUUAAUCCAAGGAAAAGGCUUCAUUCAGCAGAGGAUGUGCAAUCGGGCAACCGGCCAAACCCGGAGGGUGCAGGCUCGGUGUCCGUAACAGAGUUAAGCCAUUCCGAGAACAAGCAAGGGAGGGAAAGCCUGUGUCAGCGAUGUCAAAUCAUCACGGACGAACUGAACAGGCAGGCGCUCGAGCUGGCUGAGCCAGGAACGCUAAAGAACCCAAGCGUUGCAGCCUUGCUUCUCAACAAGCUCCAGACUCUGGAAUGGCCUCCCAGGUGCUGUGGUACCCAGAGCCAUUGUGAAGUGUGUGGAACACCCCUUCAUCACUUGAGACGCCUGGCACUCCGCUCUGCCCUGGGGCUGGCAUUGGACGUCAUGCCUGACCUGCAGCAUGGUGCCCUUUCUGGCCUUCUGCCACCACGUGUAGCAUCCCACAGUGUUAUGUCACCCCAUACUUCCUGGGAAAUGCUCACACAGAACUCUCCAACUGGGAGCGGUCAACACCUCACUGGGCACCUCUGUGGUCCACCACCCAGAGAGAAACAGCAGGAGAUGAGUUGGUAUCAAGAUGUAGCAACAAGAGUGAGUGGUAAACUAACCUGUUUGGCCACUGUCACACCUCUUCCUAUCCAUACAACUCUUCCUAUCCAUACACAACACUACCUGGAGGGAGUUUGGUGUGUGACAAGGGCUUCAGACCAUUUUCACAUAUUGGUAAGUGUAGGCCAAACCUCAGAGAAGGACAUUUUGGUAAAUGAGGCCUCCAGGUCCACCCAGGCCAGUGCUGUACACUCAGUAUCUUCUUCAGAACACAAACCAAACCAACAAGAUCAGCCAGCUAUCCCACCUGUACCCCAAACAAGCUCAGCAGCCUCAUUCUUCCACAGGGCUGCCCAGAAACUGAACCUCUCCAAACGGAAGAAGCCUCUGCCUCUGCCAGCCUCCCCACCUGACCCAGAAGAGCCGUUCUUCUACACUGAUGGCUUUGGUGCUGCCCUGCAGCUCUCACCCCCAGCUGUACCCCCAUGUCUCCUCAGGGCAGGGUCAAAGGUCAAGGACAGCCCUGGGAUGGGAAAGGUGAAAGUAAUGGUGAGGAUAUGCCCUGCCAAAGGAUCCCGAGACACCUCAGAAUCAAUGUCCUUUCUGAAGGUAGAUGCCCAGAAGAAGCAGUUGACGUUUUGUGAGCUGCCAGCUAGCUCACGCUAUGCCUCUGCUACUGCCCGAAAGAUGUUUACCUUUGAUGCCAUCUUCACCCAAGAUGCUUCACAGGCAGAGGUGUGCUCGGGGACAGUGGCAGAGGUAAUCCAGUCCGUGGUCAAUGGGGCAGAUGGCUGCAUCUUCUGUUUUGGUCAAGCCAACCUUGGCAAAACCUACACCAUGAUCGGCAGAGACAGUUCUUCUCAGAGCUUGGGUGUGGCCCCCUGUGCUAUCUCUUGGCUCUUCAAGCUCAUUGAGGAAAAGAAAGAGAAGGCUAAUACACGAUUCUCGGUCCAAGUGUCUGCUGUGGAAAUCUGUGGUAGGGAGGAGCUGUUAAGAGACCUGCUGGCUGACUUUUCCACAGGGGCCUCCCAAGACAGCCAGGGUGCAGGAGUUUCCCUGAGAGAGGACCCAGUCUGCGGAUCCCAGCUGCAGAACCAGAGUGAAUUGCGGGCUUACUCUGCAGAGAGGGCGGCAUUUUUCCUGGAUGCAGCUCUGGCAGCACGCAGCACUAACAGAUCGGACUGUAAGGAAGAGGACCAUCCGAAUUCCCACAUGCUUUUCACCCUGCACAUUUCUCAGUACCGUACGGAGAAGAGCACCAAAGCUGGAAUGUCCGGGGGUCAGAGUCGUCUGCAUCUCUUUGACUUGGGCAGUUGUGAGUCUGAUCUGAGCCAAACACGAGAUGGAGGAAGAGGCCAGUGUCUGUCCUUAGGUGCCCUUGGAAAUGUCAUCCUAGCCUUGACCAACGGAGCCAAACAUGUGCCAUACAGAGACAGCAAGCUCACCAUGCUGCUAAGGGAAUCGCUGGGCAACAUAAACUGCAGAACUACCAUGAUCGCCCACAUCUCUGACUCGCCAGACAAUUAUGCUGAAUCUCUCACCACUGUGCAGCUUGCUUCCCGCAUACACUGCAUGAGGAAAAAGAAAUCCAAGUAUGCAUCCAGUUCAUCUGGAGGGGAGAGCUCCUGCGAAGAAGGACACAUCAAACGAAGACCCUUCCACCCUCGGACUGUGGCUCUUGAUCCAGACCAUCCUGCACUGCUUUCCAGUGACCCAGAUUACUCCUCAAGCAGUGAACACUCAUGUGAUACAGUGAUCUAUGUGGGGCCCGGUGGGGCCCCUAUCUCUGACCGUGAACUCAGUGACAAUGAAAGUCCCCCAGCGUUUGUACCUAUCAUUCCUUCACUGAACAAGAAGCGUGUAAAAGAGGGACCCAAGUCUGAUGGGGACCAUCUCAAAUGCAACACCUUUGCAGAGUUACAAGAACGGCUUGAGUGUAUUGAUGGCAGUGAGAGCUCAUCUGUUUUUACUAGUGAGGGAAAAGGCCAACAAAUUGUCUCCAAAACUGCAGCAGACAAAGUGGUAGAAGGGACUUCUGUAUCAGCCAGGACAGCCAAGUCCUCUCUCCAAAAGCCUGCACAGCUGCAACAUGGGGGCACAUCUGAAGCCAACAAGACAUGGCAAGAAUCUGAGCCUGUUGUGAAAGAGAAGGUCCACUUAAAUAUAGGGCCUUUACAAAAACCCAGUGCUUCUAGCUCCUUGCAAAACAUCUCAAGGACCCCAGAUUGUGGCUUAAUCACACGGACACCUCCAGUGGGUAUGAGCCAGCAAGCCCUUAGACAGGGAGAACGAAGUUGCUCCCCUGAUUUUGACAGAGCCCAGCACCUUAGUAGAAGUCCUUUGGAGGUGAGCCACCAACGUGCUGCUCUAAGGAACAGAUGCUUUGAUAGAGAUGUUUUAAGGACUACAGUAACACUGCAACAGCCUGUGGAGCUUAAUGGAGAGGAUGAGCUUGUGUUUACUGUGGUCGAGGAGCUGCCUGUUGGUAUGGUUCCAGGCAAUGGGCAACCUUCCAGCAUCAUUAGCUUUAACAACAACUGCUCUUUGCAGGCUCUUUCAUCUGGCUCACGUCCUGUUAGCAUAAUCAGUAGCAUCAACGAUGAAUUUGAUGCUUACACAUCGCAGAUGAGCAGGUCCCAAGCUGCUGCUUCAAAGUCACAAGAGGAGCAUACAGCUGGAUGCAUCACACAAACACAAGGAUCUUCAGUCUGCUCCUGGCCUGGUGAGACAAACAUUUGUACCUUAAGAAGUGAUGAGACCAUUUUUGAAAGAAGACUCUCUUCAAAAUGUUUGCGCAGGGGACCAGACAGCAGCCCCGUGAUGGAUUUACCUGGUGGUUUACAUAUCGAGUCUUUCUCCCAACAAAGAACAAAUAGCUCUUUAGGUGACAGUGGAAUUUGUUUUUCGGAAAUAGACUAUGAUUCUGCAACUGCUGACAAACUAUCAAUAUCGAAGUGCCCUCUAUCUCAUGACAGUACCAAAGCAACCCUCAGUGGUCCAAAGUCACUAAGAUCUAAUAGACUUAUUGCUUCACAGUCUGCCCAUACCUCAUACAUGUCUCACUCUACACACCCCAAAAAGAGCACACAAACUUCAUCCUCUAGCAGUAGCUAUAGCAAUGAGCUACGACACCAAGGAAGCAGAAUAGAUGAACAAUGGGUCCACACAAGUGCUGAGUUUAGCUCUGCUAGUAAGCCACCCAAAAAUGGCAUGAGUGGGAUUCCAUUUAGAAAGACAAGUGGGAAUAGCAACAGUGUACCUCGCCCUCCAAAAAUGCAUGCAUCAUCUAUAUCUCAAAGGGUCGUGGAUGGUUGUGAGAAAUCCAGUGUUAGGAAAGGAGAUCUGAGCAAGAUGCCUCAGCUCAGGCGAGGAGCCACCACUCUUGGCAUGGUCUCAGUGCCCCAUAGCUCCUCUGAGACUAAAUGUGGUAAUGAUGUCUCACAAACAACUGGAAGCUUGAAAUUCUCAUCUUUAGGAAAGAGAGUUAAUGGACCAAAGGGUAGUAUGCUCCCUAAGUCUGGAAGCAUGUCACCCCCUGCUCCACCUGUCCGAAAGUCUAGCCUGGACCAGAGAACACGUAUUUUAUUGUCUCCAAGUGCCUUAAAGUCUGUGGGUAAUGAUGGAACAAGAUCUUCUUUCUCCAAAGGAUCAGUUUCUGAGGAAGACUUUGAUGUCCGAGUUAGGGGGGGAUCUUUAAGCUUUAAAUCAUCCAGCCUAAGGACAGCUUCUAGUCUCAGAUCAAAUAGUGGUAAAGGUGACAAUGGCAGGAAUUUUGGUAGUCUUAUGUCCCUUGAAAGAUAUGACAGUUUAACCUCAGUGGGUUUAAAACCAGGUACCUCAAGAGAGAACAGUAGUGUCAGUAUUGGCAGCACUGGAAAAUCUGGUAAAACUGUGCCAAAACUUGGGACUCCCAGUUCUAUAUCUACACCUGCUGCCAAUUCUCCUCCAUCUACCAUUGGAAUUAGUAAGCUUGGACAGCUAAAAGCUAGUAUAACACCUAAAGCCAUUGUUGGGAAUGGCAACAAAGGAAAGGCCUCAUUGAAUACCGUUUCAAAGUCUACUAGCUCAUCCAUCAAGUCCUUUGCUGUCUCAGCUGCACGGAAUGGCAGUCUACCUCCAACUGGAAAAGCCCCAACUCGCUCAGUCACAGGCUCCAAUGGUAAAUCAGGGAGGGGCACUAUUAUGGGCACAAAGCAAGCAAUUCGUGCAGCCAACAGUCGGGUCAGCGAAUUAGCAGUUGGUAGCUCCAAGAAACACCUCAGGGGCUCUGACCCAGCAGAUGGCAACAGUGAUGCCAUAUCAUCCAGCGAAAAACCUCUGGCUGCUCCUCUACCCUCUCCGUACAGUAAGAUCACUGCUCCUCGCCAUCCUCAGCGCUACAGUAGUGGGCAUGGAAGUGACAACAGCAGUGUACUCAGUGGUGAACUGCCACCAGCUAUGGGCCGCACUGCACUUUUUUAUCACAGUGGAGGGAGUAGUGGCUAUGAGAGCAUGAUCAGGGACAGUGAAACCACAGGCAGCGCAUCAUCUGCUCAUGACUCCAUGAGUGAGAGUGGAGUGUCCGCGUCUAGCCGAACAAAAUCUUCAAAAUCUCCCAAAAAGAGAUCUAAUGGCCUACAGCGACGGCGUCUGAUUCCGGCUCACCUACAAGACACUUCUUCCCUGGGCAGGAAGGUUGGUGCUGCAGGCCAGUGGGUGGAUCUUCCCCCACUGGGGGGUACUAUGAAGGAGCCUUUUGAGAUCAAAGUAUACGAGAUUGAUGAUAUGGAACGGCUUCAGAGACGGAAAGAAGGGCUGACAGAGGGUUUGCAGUACUUCAACGCCCGCCUUAGGAUGCUGGAGAAGAGGCAGCAGCAGAUCAAGGAGCUAAGGGCCAAGCACGACAAGCUGAAAAAGGAGUUGGAGGAUGCCAAGACCCAUCUCAUGAUGGACCCUAGCAAGUGGAUAGGAGAAUUUGAUGUGGACCCAGACCUGGACCAGGAGUCGCAGGACUUCUUGGAGGCUUUGGCUCAGGCCACAGGAGAGCUGGAAUUUUGUGUCAACCUAUGCAAGUCUCGAGUGAUGAUGGAGACAUGCUUCGACAUCGCGGUGCCCACUGUCCAAGGACAGAGUGGACAACAGGAGAUGGAGGUCUGAGAGACAAAACAGGGUGUGACUUGUGAUGAAAUAAAGCAUAUGACAAGCUAGCUUACAGAUAACUUGGGCAAGCAAGGAAAAUUUUGACUUUUGAAGAAUGUGGAGAAGUUUGGUGUUUUGUGGCAGCAACACAUUGUGUUUUGUGGGGUUAAAACUUGCCUGUUUAGACAAAUAAAACAAAUGAAGUUAUUGAAACAGUGGGCAAGGUUAGAAGCUCACUGAAAUGUUGAAAGAGACAGGGACAGAAUAAAAUAAAAGCAAGAAAGUGACACUGAGAUCCUUUUUAAUGUUACCAGAAAGUGCCUUAAACGUAAAAUCCCAAGAACUAUUUUUUUUUUCGAUUGGUGCAAGUAUUGAGACCAACUUUCCCAAGUAAACUAUUCGUUUUUAUGUUCCCUUUGAGAAACAAAAGUAUAUAGCAUUGUAAUGCAGUGAAUAGUCUAUUUAUGAUCUAAAAGAAUGUAAAAUAAAUUGGAAAUGUUUUUGUUUUCAACCCCCCAAACUAUUUUUGCAUUUUAUAAUCUCUAAAUAAUCAUAACAAUUAGUAUUUCUUAACAUGCAAAAUGUAUUCAGCAUCAUGCAAAAACUUCAAGGAUCCGUCCUUGAUUUAAUUCGAGACCAUGCUUGUCUGCAGUUGAUAAGAUGUCACUUGAUUGGAUAAAGAUGCUGAAGCUGUGCCACUGUCAUCUAGCUUAUUUAGUUACAGUUGUUCAUCUGCAUUUUGAAAGGCCCUCAGACAAUAUUACAUAAACCCUGGAUUGAGUUCUACUUGUUUAGUUGAUUGGUGCAGCUGGUGGCAGAUCAUAAAUUAGAGCUUGUCUCAAACACUUCUCAGGACAUCUGACUGAAGUGUGUAUGUACUGAUUAAUUUCAGUGUGUGUGCAUGUGUGCGUGUGUGUGUUGUAUGCAUUUAAAUGCGUCAUACUGUUAUGUAUACAUGUGUCUGUUCUUAUCUGAUCAUGCAACAUCCAGUGUUAAGCUGGUUUCUUUUAAUGUGGUAAAUAAUUCCACUGUAUCUACCUGAACUUCAAAAAGUAUGCCUUUCUUCCUUUUUAAAACAAACGUCAAAAUGUUAAAAUAUACAAAUGGCUAUUAUCUGUUGACAUAUUCACAGCACAGGACGUUCUCCACACGUGGUCCACUGAUUUAUAUUCAGUCACUGAAGUGAAUGAUUUUUGUCAUGUUAAUCCUUAAAGUGUGUCUCUUGAGAGAAGUGUCACUGCUGUUUCUCAAAUAGAAACGAAAAGAGAAGAGAUUAUUCAGUUUGCAAAGGUUUGAAGUAGAAUUUAUGUGAAUUUGUUUUACAUUUGACUACAAUUACUUUUUUGUUGUUGUUGUUGAAUGAAUCUUUAUUUAAAAGAGAGAAAAAGACUCAGGCUUUAUUUUUCAGGUUGCUGCAUGAUAUCUAUUUAUUAUUUCAAAUUAAUUAAAUGUUUCCCUUACUUUUAUAUCUUAGUCUGUGAUUUCUACUAAUAAUUUACAUUAAGCAGA